AUGGUUGUUCCAGUGAUUGAUCUGAAUUAGUUUCCAGAUUCUCAAGAGUACAAGAAGUUGAGGGAAGCAUCACAGGAAUGGGGUUGUUUGCUAGUCAACCACAAGAUCCCAAUGACUCUAAUGUCAGAGAUGAAGAUAGCAGUCAGAUCUCUUCUUGAUCAGCCAAUGGAGAUCAAGACGUUUUACACAGAUAAUGUCAUAGCUGGUAGCGGCUACUUGGCGCCCAACAAGAAGAACCCUCACUUGGAGACAUUAGGUCUCUAUUAUGACUUUGGCUCAUCUCAGGCUGUGGAAACCAUUUACUCUCAAUUGGGUGCUUCUCCCUACCAAAGAGAUGUAAUACAGAAGUAUGGAGUAGCGAUGUAUGAGCAAAUAAUGGAUAUAGGACUUAAGUUGGGAGAGAGUCUCGGGUUGGAGAGAGAUUUUCUGGAGGGGUGGCCUAUCAUGUCAAGGAUUAACAAGUAUAACUUCACUGCUGAAUCCCUUAGAUCUAUUGGAGUUGAACCACACACAGAUUCAGGAUUUUUGACAAUUCUUCAAGCAAAUGAAAUUGUUGGAGGUCUGGAAGUGAUGGACAAGUCUGGUGCUUUUGUACUCGUUCAUCCUUGUACAGGCACUCUCCCUGUCAAUUUUGGAGAUCUUGCUAAGGCAUGGAGCAAUGAGAGGCUGUGCAAUGUGAAGCAUAAAGUGCAAUGUAGGGAAGCCGCCGUUCGUAUCUCAAUUGCUUCAUUUCUGUUUGGACCGAAGGAGGAGGCACUGGAACCCCCACACGAAUUUGUUGAUUCGGAGCACCCACGUCUCUAUGUCCUUCCUUUCCGAAGAGAAGAAUAUAGAAAGCUCAAACUCUCCACGUCUGUAUGUGGUGAAGCUCUUGAACUUUUGCGCAUCAAGUUAAUUUACUGA